CUGCUGAUGCGCUGAACAGCUGCUUCAGAGUCACUGGUCACUGUAGGAACGAGGAAGUGCUGCUUUACAAACAGUUCACCCCAUCAGAAGAGAGCCGCGUGCAGCUCCAGGAAUGUCAGCUUCUAAUCUGUCCGCAGAGAUCCGGGUGGUGGUACUGGGCCGGGCCGGGGCAGGGAAGAACUCCACAGUGAGCACCAUCCUGGGCCAGGAGGGCGGCGCAACUCUCCGUCAAGAAUGUAGUAAACACACGGGCCAAGCUGCAGGCAGACAGGUGACUGUAGUGUCCAGCACUGACUGGUUCGGUUCAAGCUGCGUCCCAGAGGACAGGAAAAGGCAACUAUCUUCACUGUUGGCCUUGUCCAGCCCCGGGCCCCACGCCGUCCUUCUGUGUGUGCCCCUAAACCAACCUGCUGAUGGCGAGACCAAGGCUCUGGAUGUUCUCGAGAAGCUCCUGGGUCAAGCCAUGGUCCAAAAACACACCAUUGUGAUGUUUACCCACACAGAAGAACUGGAUCACGAGGAGGGCCUGGAGGACUACCUCCUCAACUGGAGGAAGGACCUGACUGAGUUGGUGAGGAGGUGUGGGGACCGCUACCACACGCUGGAGACACAGCCGGGUAGAGCAGAGCCCAAUGAAGCAGUCAGAGAGCUGCUGGACAAAGUGGACCAAGUCGUGAUGGAGAGCGGGGAGGACCACUUCAGUUGCCAACUGUACCAAGACAUAGAGGAACAGAUCCAGAAGAGACAAAGGGAGAUCGUCAGACAGAGACAAGCAGAUGGACUGGACUCUGAAGAUGAAGAGGGGGUGAGGCUGGAGGCAGAGAAUAGCAUAGGAGAUAUAGACCUGAGUUUAGAUGCUCUGUUCCCAUGUAGUGAUGUCCAGGUUUCACAAGGCUCCUUCUUGUGGAGGCUAUGGGAAAAGCUCACCAGCUGGGUGUGGGGGCUACCUAAACUGGUGAGGAGAGAGGCUCUGUUGGGGGCUCUGGUUGGGCUCUUUGUGGGGGGGCCAGUGGGUGGGGCAGUAGGGGCUACAGUUGGGUCAGUGGCGACUGAAGUAGGCAGAAGAAAAACACAGAAAACAAAAUAAAAUGCAAAAUCAGAGUUAGGACAUUUUUAAUGGAAUGCACCUUAACGUCACAUCACUGUUACUGUGCACCCAUCAGCUGCAGAGCUAGAGCUUCCUUAUUACUAAGCCUCCAGUGUGAAGAGAAUUUAACCUUUAUCUGUGCCUCAAUUAAUCAUGAAAAUGACUACUGUUCAGUACAAGCCUACACAAUAAGUGCCCUCAUCUUGGUAGAUAAUGGCUCAGUAGUAUUUAUUUCUACAUUUAAAUGGUUGUAAUUGCACUCUGAAAAGUUAUUCUCUUGUUUUACAGUGUUGUUACAUAAUUAACUUCAGGAAGAAGUUAAUUGCAUUAUUUUAUUAUUAUAAUUACUUAAGAAUGUCGGUUAGGGGUAGAAAUUUGAUACACCUAAAUAUGGUCCUAUUUACACAAGUAAUUAUAUAUUUUUUUUAUUAAUUUGUAGUCUGUUCAAUGAACUGAGCAUGAUAGAACUCAAGAAGAUAUUUAUUUUAUAAUUUGAUGUUGUUUGAAAGUGAUUGUUUGUAGCACAUAUGGUGUUAUUGCGAUGAUGGAAACACGUCUCUCAGAUAUAUAACUAAAGACACACUAAAUAUCACAGUUUGGAGGCCCUGCUGAAUAAACUAUCUUAUCACACA